AUGCAUUCCGUGACUGGGAAAAUGAAAAAAAUGAUUUCUUCCAUACUUCGGGAGAGGAUCAUGGUGAUUGAUGGUGCCAUGGGCACCAUGGUGCAGGGUCAUCGACUCGAGGAGCAGGAUUUCCGAGGAAGACUCCUCGCCGAACAUCCCAAGCCUCUCAAGGGAAACAAUGACAUCUUGGUUCUCACUCAGCCUGAUAUCAUUUAUCAGAUUCAUAAGGACUACUUGGAAGCAGGAGCCGACAUCAUCGAGACGAACACAUUCAGCGGGACGAGGGUCGCUCAAGCCGAUUACGGGACGGAACACUUGGUCUACAGGAUAAAUUUGGAGGCUGCAAAAAUUGCAAGGAAGGCAGCAGACGAUGUGGCGAGAGAGACCGGCAUCCCUCGUUUCGUCGCCGGAGCCAUGGGUCCGACAAACAAGACCUUAUCCAUUUCUCCAUCAGUGGAGAGGCCUGACUUUCGGAACAUCACAUUCGACGAACUGGCUGAUGCCUAUGCCGAACAAGCCCGAGGCCUGCUGGAUGGAGGAGUGCAUGUUCUCACCGUUGAAACGGUUUUCGACACAGCCAAUGCAAAAGCAGCUCUGUUUGCUCUUCAGACACUGUUUGAGGGAGAGUAUGAUCCAGUCCCUAUUUUUGUAUCGGGUACGAUCGUCGACAAGAGCGGUCGGACUUUAUCGGGACAGACUCCCGAAGCUUUUGUGGUAUCAGUGUCCCAUGCAGAUCCCCUUUGCAUAGGGUUGAAUUGUGCACUUGGAGCAAAUGAAAUGCGGCCCUUCAUCGAAGCCGUCGGGAUGUCCACAAUGGCAUAUGUCAUCUGCUACCCAAAUGCAGGUCUUCCGAACACCUUUGGGCAGUAUGAUGAAACUCCUGCGAUAAUGGCCAAGGCACUGCGGAGGUUUGCUCUGGAUGGGCUUGUUAACAUCGUUGGAGGAUGCUGUGGUACCACUCCAGACCAUAUCAGGAUGAUUCGAGAAGCAGUGGCAGAUUGUGAACCCAGGAUCCCUCCUGAAGAUCUUUUCUCACACCAUCUUCUCCUAUCUGGACUGGAAGCCGUGCGCAUCGGAAAGGAGACGAACUUUGUCAACAUCGGAGAGAGAUGCAAUGUUGCUGGCUCGGCCCAAUUCUGCAAGCUCAUAAAAGCAAAUGAUUACGAGGAAGCAUUGCAUGUAGCCAAAGCACAGGUUGAGAAUGGAGCUCAGAUCCUGGACAUCAACAUGGACGAUGGGAUGAUCAAUGGCAAAGCUGCCAUGACUCGCUUCCUGAACCUCAUUGCAACAGAACCUGAUGUGUCCAAGGUCCCAUUGUGUGUGGAUUCAUCCAACUUUGAAGUUAUUGAAGCAGGUCUGAAGGUGACUCAGGGGAAAUGCAUUGUGAAUUCCAUCUCGUUAAAGGAGGGUGAAAAAAUGUUCUUGGAACUGGCCCGGAAGAUAAAGAAAUAUGGAGCAGCUGUUGUAGUUAUGGCAUUUGAUGAAAAGGGACAGGCUGCAGAGAGAGACCAGAAGGUAGAGAUCUGCAAGCGUUCCUACAAACUUUUGGUCGAGGAAGUGGGCUUUAAUCCAAAUGAUAUCAUCUUUGAUCCCAACAUUCUCACCAUAGCCACUGGCAUGGAGGAGCACAAUACCUAUGGCAUGGACUUUAUCCAGGCUACAAGCAUCAUCAAGGCAGGUUUUAAAAUUGCUUCUUCAAGUUUGCACUGUUGUCCUGGUUGCUGGGUGAGUGGAGGCGUGAGCAACGUCUCCUUCUCGUUCCGAGGAAUGAACGUCAUACGAGAGGCCAUGCACUCUGUCUUCCUCUAUCAUGCCAUCAAGGCAGGGAUGGAUAUGGGAAUUGUGAAUGCAGGGAGUCUACCUGUCUAUGUUGACAUUGAGCCUAACCUUCUCCAACUGUGUGAAGAUCUACUUUGGAACAGACAUGCUUCUGCCACUGAGCGCCUCCUCGAGUAUGCCCAGCGCGUGAAGACUCAAGGGAAAACGGCUGCAGUGGAACAUGACUGGAGAAAUGCACCUGUUGAGGAGAGGCUUGAGUAUUCCCUCAUCAAGGGUAUUGACAAGUAUGUCGAGCAGGACACAGAAGAGGCUCGGCAGCAAGUGGACAAAUACCCCCGACCACUGAAUGUGAUCGAGGGGCCCUUGAUGAAAGGAAUGUCCAUCGUGGGUGACUUAUUUGGAGCCGGGAAGAUGUUCCUACCACAGGUGAUCAAGUCGGCACGUGUGAUGAAGAAAGCUGUCAAUCACCUCAUUCCAUUCAUGGAGAAAGAGAAGGAGAAAAAUCGGACCCAAAACAUUCAGAUGUCUUCACAUGCAGGGACAGUGGUGUUGGCAACAGUGAAAGGAGAUGUCCAUGAUAUUGGGAAAAACAUAGUAGCUGUGGUCCUUGGCUGCAAUAAUUUCAGAGUGAUUGAUCUGGGUGUAAUGUGCCCUAGUGAAAAAAUCAUCUCAACAGCAAUAGAGGAGAAUGCAGACAUCGUUGGAUUGUCGGGUCUGAUCACGCCAUCUCUGGACGAGAUGAUCCAUGUGGCCAAAGAGAUGCAACGCAUGAAGCUUCAGAUCCCUCUUCUGAUCGGAGGAGCCACCACAUCCAAGAAGCACACUGCUGUUAAGAUUGUUCCAAAAUAUGACAGUCCUACGAUCCAUGUCCUCGACGCAUCAAAAAGUGUUGUAGUGUGUUCCUCGCUGUUGGACCAGAACGUCAGAGACGACUUUGUGGAGGAGAUAGCCGAGCAAUAUGAAGAGAUUCGAGAGGACCAUUAUGCAACCCUUGAGGAGAAAGUCUACUUGCCCAUUGAAAAGGCCAGGCUGCAUCACUUCCACUUCAACUGGCAUGAGUUUCCUCCUUCUUGCACUCCAAGUUUCCUGGGAACAAGGACAUUUCUAAAAUAUGAUCUUACAAAACUCAUUCCAUACAUUGAUUGGAAGCCAUUUUUUGAUGUGUGGCAGCUGAGAGGAACAUACCCAAAUCGAGGCUAUCCCAAGAUCUUUCAAGACAAAUCAGUUGGCAAGUGGACCUUGUGCGAGGAAGCCAAAAGCGUAUUUGAAGAUGCACAAAAAAUAUUGGGUAUGAUCGUCAAAGAAGGCCUGCUGGAGGCACGGGGAAUCGUCAGUUUCUAUCCGGCAAAUGCCGUGGGUGAUGACAUUCAUGUGUAUGGUGAGGACGUCUUGCCCCGCCCUCCCCCUGUUGCCGUCUUCCAUGGCCUUCGCCAACAGAUGGAAAGGGAAUCUAUGGAUGAAUCAUACUCUUGCAUCUCUGACUUCAUUGCACCUCUGGAGUCAGGAAUGAGAGAUCACAUUGGCAUGUUUGCCAUAUCAGUGGGUUUUGGCUGCAAUGACCUCUGUGCCUCAUUCCAGUCCAAAUUUGAUGACUACAAUGUGAUAAUGGUGAAGGCACUGGCAGAUCGGCUGGCCGAAGCAUUUGCCGAGGAGUUGCACGAGCGAGUGAGGAAGGAACUUUGGGGCUAUGCUCCUGUUGAACUUCUCCAGGCAUCUGAUCUCCAUCGCCUCAAGUAUCAGGGGAUUCGACCGGCCCCAGGCUACCCUAGCCAGCCGGAUCACACGGAGAAGCUGACCAUGUGGAAUCUCAUGAACGUGGCAGAGGAGACAGGAAUCCAUCUCACCGAGUCUCUUGCCAUGGACCCGGCGGCUUCCGUGUCGGGACUUUACUUUGCGCAUCCCAAGGCAUUCUACUUUGCCACCGGGAAGAUAGCUCUGGAUCAGGUUGAGGAUUAUGCCAAGAGGAAGGGGAUGAGUGUGAAGGAAGUGGAGCAGUGGCUGAGUGUCAACCUGGCUUACGAUCCUGCAGAUGAGUAAUGGUGGCUUCAGAUUAUUCAUGGUUUGAUAGGAGUGCAGCAUCUUCCCAUAGUUCAGUCCCAUCAUACCUUUUCUUUUAUCAACAUUUGUCUACUGGAAUCACCAGAAGGAAACCAACUGUGAUGGGAUCGUGCAAAUACUCGACAAUGAUGGACAUAACCUAUUUUUCGAUUUGUUGCUUUUAAAGAUGACUUAUUCCAUUAUGAGCCUGCAAAUAUAUUCUUGAAGAAAUAAAGGGGCUACUUUUGCAGUGCAAUACAAUAUAUGAA